CAAGAGAACACUUGCGGCAGGAGACGGAGCAAUCGUGGACAAUCUCCGAACACAGCAGAACCGACCGCCACCAUGAAUCGACUCUUUGGCGCAAAGACCAACACGCCGAAGCCAUCUCUCAACGACGCUAUAGGAAAGGUCGACACGAGGAUUGAGUCCAUCGACGUGAAGCUCGCUCGACUGAAUGCCGAGCUGGGCACGUACCAGAAGCGCUUGAGCUCGAUGCGCGAUGGGCCUGGCAAGAAUGCCAUCAAGCAAAAGGCCAUCAAGAUACUGCAGCAGCGCAAGAUGUACGAGUCGCAGAAGGACCAGCUGCAGCAGCAGAGCUGGAACAUGGAGCAGGCCGGCAUGAUGCAGGACAACCUCAAGAACACCAUGGCGACAGUGGAUGCCAUGAAGACCACGCAAAAGGAGCUCAAGAAGCAGUAUGGCAAGAUCAACAUUGACAAGAUCGAGAAGCUGCAGGAUGAGAUGGCUGAUCUCAUGGACAUGGGCAACGACAUCCAGGAGAGCAUCAGCCGGAGUUAUGACGUGCCCGAGGAUGUGGAUGAAGCAGAGUUGGAUGCGGAGUUGGAGGCUUUGGGUGAGGAUGUCGAAUUCGGCGAGACAUACGGGGAGAGCGAAAUGCCUAGCUACCUGGGAGAGAGUGCCCCAACCUUCAUCGAUGAGGCGCCAGAGCAGGCGGAGAAGCAGGUGGCCACAUGAGUGCGUUGUCCCUCUUUGUGCUAGGGAUGCUGUGCGAUAUUGCUUAUUUGCUCCAGCACAUAUCUAGCGGUCCCGUUUGGCCACUUGCCUCAACCUCGAGCAUCUUUGGUUCGCAUUACUGGAUUUAUAUCGGCAGGGACGCCCCAUCCGACGACGCAUCGACCCAGCCCGCCAGGUCCGGAAGUCAGAACGUGCAAAGAAGCAUUGGCACGGCAGAUGAUGUCAUUCGAGCGAUAGGCAGCGGUCAGAUCAAUCCAGCCAGAUAAGUUGGUGAUCGCUACAGCGCAUUACAACACGAGAAAGAUUCAGAACCUCAUCUCAUCACAUUUGAGUAUUGGGGCAAGGCUUCCACCACCCCACCGGCUGCCGCUACGUGUCACAAUUCGGCACCCUUGCCAGUGAACAGUUUCCCGAUGUGGCAUUAAGAAGACGGAGUGAUGUAGAAGAAUGGCUCGAGAAUGCGAAUGCAAUCUUUGUUGCUGGGCGAUGUCAUGAUGCUGUCGACUCUUACAGAUGACGCCGCGGAGAGCCCUCUCGAGGGGGCGAGAAGCCAGCUGGUGAUGAGCGGCAGAGUAUGGUUCAGAGCGCACAGUAGUUGGCGGAAGGCCAGACGCCGGGUUGGCUACUUUGAGCAUUAUCGUCGUGCUAUAGGUGGCAUCCAGAAACAGAAAGUGUACAAGAUGAGCUUUCGAUGGCUUCAAGCCAUAGCAGAUCCCAUCGCACUUAUCACGAGGAAUAUCAUCCUGUCCCGACAGUGCGUGAUUGAGAUGGUAGGUACAGGUACCUUCAUGUACAUUCAAUGGGGCUUGGUGGCCUCAGGCCAGAAUGAGUAAGCCAACCGCCUCGUACCCAUUCGGAACCCUUCACUACAGGUACCUAGUGAGAACAUCAAUAUAUCGGUCCUGCGACAGUGUCUCAUCACGGUCCUGGAUUGCUUGUUCGUUUGUCGUAACCACGGAGCUUUGGGAAGUCAUCUGACGGCGUU